AUGGAGGCAAUUACUGAACUCAGGCUUACAGUUGACAAGCUGAGCAAGCAAGUGGAGUGCACAAAAGCAGAGCUCCACAGCCAGCAGGGAAACAUCUCUCGUCAUCAAGGCUAUAUACAGUCUUUGGAGAGUCAACUGGCUGUUGCAGAAUGCACCCGACGAGAGCUGCACAAUGUGAUUCAGGAGCUGAAGGGGAAUAUCCGGGUCUUUUGCCGCCUGCGGCCACAGUUCGGAAGCUCCGGAGCAUCGCAGCAUUUGCAGGUUGCAGAGAACAAGCUCAACCUGGACCACAUGAAUGAGCAGUAUGGCUUCAGCUUCGAUCGAGUGUUCGCAGAGAGCUCUUCUCAAGAGGCCAUCUUUGAGGAGGUGAGAGGUUUGGUACAGUCUGCGUUAGAUGGGUUCAAGGUUUCAAUUUUCGCGUAUGGCCAGACAGGUUCUGGAAAGACCUACACGAUGCAGGGCUCUUCAACACCUGGAGCGCUUGGUCUCAUCCCACGAUCAAUCCAGCAGAUCCUGCAAGCAUCCGAAGCCAUGAAGGCUUCAGGCUGGGCAUGGACACUGAAAGUGUCCUUUCUGGAAGUCUACAACGAGGUACUUCGGGACCUGCUUGGGAGCGAAGGAAGCAACUUAGUGCACGUCAUAAAGCACGAUGAUGCAUGGGGCACCGUUGUGACAAAUCUUACUUUGAUGGAGGUCUCUCACAUGGAGCAGAUCAGCAAGCUAAUGGAGACAGCUUCAAGGGCUCGAUCCGUUGGCGCGACCGAUAUGAACGCGUCAUCUUCUCGAUCACAUUCUAUAUUCGCUUUGUACUUGCAUGGCGUCAAUCGGGAGCAGCGUUCCGAGUUGCAUGGUGCUUUGCACUUGGUGGACCUGGCGGGUUCCGAGAGGCUUGACAAGUCUGGCUCCACGGGUGAAAGGCUCAAGGAAACUCAGAACAUCAACAGGAGCUUGUCGAGCUUGGCAGAUGUCUUCCUUGCGAAAGCUGAAGGGCGAUCUCACAUUCCUUUUCGCAAUUCGAAGCUGACGCACUUGAUGGAGCCGUGUUUGAACGGGCAGGGCAAAACUCUGAUGCUGGUCACCAUCAGUCCCGAAGCAGAUCAUGCUCACGAGACUCUUUGUUCUCUUCGCUUUGCCUCGCAAGUCAGCCAGUGCACAACGGGUGGCAAGCCUAAGCGUCAUCUUCGACCAGUCGCAAAUGGGAAUGCAAGUACGGCAAAGCUUGCAUCGUCCAGGUCUUUCACUUCCUUGAGACACGCAAAGUGA